AUGGCGGAAGGUUGUGAAUUAGUCUAUUUUGAUCUGAGACUAGUUCACGAUCACUUUGAUCGAGCUCUAGUUCAAGACGACGAUAUUGAUCUCAAAGCCUAUUUGGAUGCCUACAAUGAACUUUACAAAUUUUUCCAACUUAUGGGCACUGUCUUUGGUUUCGUAUCCUCUGAUUUAAAACAGAAAAUUGAGGUAUUAAUUGAAUUAAUGAAUAAAAAUGAACAAUGUUAUAUCACAAUAAAGUCUAUGAUAGAAUACGAGAAGGAAAGCAAUAUUCUGGACAAAGGAGAUUGCACGAAUGGUUCUCGUACACUGUUGAGGCUUCAUAGAGGCUUAGACUUCAUUAGAGAGUUUUUAAGGCAAUUAGGUGAACUGUCAGACAGCGAUAAGACGUCCAGCUGUUGCCAGGAUGCUUAUAACAAAACACUAGCCAAGCAUCACCCAUGGGUGAUUAGAAAGGCAGCAAUUGUUGCUAUGUAUGCAAUGCCUACUAGAGAAGUUUUGCUCAAAAAGGUCUGUGGUACGGACGUACAAAGAAACGUCGAUAUCUUACCAAAAAUGUUAGAGGUAACUGCGGACGUGUUCAACCGUACACAUAAUCUAUACGAGUUACAUGAACUUCACAGUCUACCAUAAAAAUUUAUUUAGGAU